CCAUUCGUAAACAGUAAACAAAUAUCAACUUGGAAAUUUUUAUGUAAAAAAUUAAAAGAUUGGAUAUCUUUCGUUAUUCGUUUGGAGUAGUUGCGAUUAGUAGAUGUUAACAGUUCCUUUUCCGGCUAAAGUAUGACGGAAAGUCUACAACAAAAGCAAGCAAAACUUAUAUUAUUGCUUUCUACUCAAGGACUCAAAGAUGUUUCAAACGACGAUGAGAAUGAGCAAAAAGAAGACAAGUGCAAAAACCAUAUACAUCCAAUAAGCACGAAUAAUGUCCAGGAAAUAGAAAUAGAACCUCUCCGGAUUAUAACUCAAGAUAACGUAAGCGACGAUGGCAACGUUGUGUACGUAAAGACUGAUAGAAUUGCAGUCAGAACUAAACACAAUACGUUGUCCGUUGAACAACAACCAUCAGUCAAUUCAUUCCAACCAAUCAAGUCUAGUUUCAACACUAGUAGUGUACUUCAGCAGAGAAGCGUGCGUAAGCGGAACAUCCAAGAUGCCGUUGUUCCCAAAAAGCCUAAGCUCAUGCCUGCCUACAGCAAAAUUAAGCCAAAAGAAAAGGAACCAGAAAAGAAGAAAAGAAAAAGAAAAGAUCCAUCUUCGAAAUCUCUUUCGAUGAAAUCCUAUUCAGAUGAGGAUAGAAAACAAAUUGUUGCUAAAUAUGAGAGUGGUAUGGAAGCGAAGGCGAUUAGCGAAAUGCAAAAUAUUCCGAAUAAUGUUGUUGUACAUGUGUUGCGUGAAUACAAGAAAACUAGCAAUGCAACUUCUUUUUCAAGUCACCAGAAAGAGAUCACUUUGGCGCUCGAUGUUCUGUUAAGUAUCCAAAUAUGGAUGAAAGAUGAUUCUAACGUUUCCUUAGCGCAGUUACUAGAAAAAGUGUGGACUACUUACAAUUUACGCACAAGCACCGCUUCGAUUAUGCGGUCUUUGGUUGGGUUUAAUUACUUUUUUAAUCGUGUCAAAACUAUUUCAAAAAAUAAGAAUGUAAACUCUACGCUGGGACAGAUCAAAGAAUAUGCAACAAACUUUGCCAAUGUUCCCCAAAACGUUUCCAAAUUAGGAAUAAUUUUUCUAGAUUGUAUUACAUUUAACGUAACGUUCAAAGCGGGAACGCAUCUAAAAAUACAGCAUAAAACCUUUUCUAUCAUUUGCGCGAUGAACGAAUCCGGCGUGUUGCAUUACCUCACAAAGAAUACGCACAUAAAUAAGGAUAAUGCGACAGAAUUUGUGUACGAUAUGAAGAACACGCUCAGGGAAUUAAAUAUCGAAGAAUCGGUCGUGGUAAUUGGACAUGCGGCCAAUCAACGGUAUGCAAAACUUCAAGAUGCAAUAGGUUAUUAUAAAUGUAACGCUAUGUUUUUACCUUCGAAUGCUACUUAUCUGAAUCCGGUAGAAUAUCUGUUUAAAAACUUUAGGCGCAUAAUAAGGAGAGCGAAUCCUCAAACUAUAGAAAAACUGAUGCAGGCUGUAGAAGCUGUACCUUCCUUAAUAAGGGAAAAUGAUUGCAAAAACUGGUUUGAGCUAAUGUGGAGCUAUGUUCCACGGUGUAUGGAAGAGGAGAUCAUCGAUGAUUUCGAUGCACAAGAUUGAACUUUUUUGUUUUUACAAUUUAAUCCAUGAUAACUUUAAAUAUGUCUUAACUUUCUAUAAAAUUCAAUUAUAAUACGUAGUCAUAUGUGCUUUCAAAAUAUACGUUUUGUAACAUUGCGGCUUAAGCACAUUUGAUAGUUGAAAUAAAAUGUGAAUGUACCAGAUUCGA